UCCAAACCUCAAAAUGAUUACAAAUAAAUACAGAUUAUUAAAAGUAAAAGCAGCAAAUCAUCACAUCUGUGAAGCUGGAGCCUUGAAAUGUGUUUUGCAUAAAAAAUGAAAAACAUUUCACUCUGAAUUGUACAAGUAGAAACUGAGAUGGAAAGACUAAAGUAGGCCAACCUCCAACGCAUGCUUCAGUACAGUAAGCUACUUCAGUUAAUGUUCUUCCACAUACUGGCUACUUUCCACUAUUUCGGGGGAUAUUUGUCAAGACAAGCCAGACAAAGUGCAGAGGGAGGGUUAAUGGCUCACUCAGCUCGGCUCUAUUGUGCCUGCAUGGGCGCGGUCUUAUCGGGCAGGGCAGGGCAGGGCAAGGUGCGCUUUUAUUACUUCAUACAAACACAGACACUGCGCAGCACACCGACUUCCCCUGCGAGCACUCUUCGGAUAUUGUCGCUGCCCUCUGCCCCCCCUCUUGGCCGGAGAGUAAAAAAAGAAAAAAUGACGAGUCUGGAUCCGCUGAAAUCCGUCAUUUCCAUCAUAAAUGUGGACGACACGUCCCUGGCUCUGCCGUCCGUUAACCAGUACCGAUCGGGCCAGCAGAGAGUCCUGGAGCAAGUGCAAACUAUCAGGAGGACCAAGUCCAGGCAGUCCAGCAGCAGGAGUGGAUCUGCUUCUACUCCAACAAGCCCUGUGUACGACUCCGUGUUCAUCGAUACCUUCAAGUCACAGUUGAGUCCAUCUAAUGGGGGUGUUUUCUUGGAGAAUGGCUUUUCUAAAGUACUCAGCCAAGAGAAAAACAACAUUAAGGGAUCCACCGUGAAGAGGAAUACUGCAGCUUCUGCCUAUCAAUAUGAGAGGAGUUACACCGCUGUCGGCUCCAAGGCGGUUGGUCAAACAAACACCAGCCGCAGCGAGCCUGAUCUGGCCUGGCAGCGCUUGAUGCCAAAACGCUCCCUUCCUCCGCAGAGGCUCGCCUCCAACAGGGGCAACUACAGGGCACAAAGGUCCAUCAGUCAGUUUAUUACGAGCACCACAUCCCAGCCUCAGCCUAAGCCUAUGCCUCAGCCUCAGCCUCAGUAUACUAUCAAUGGUACAAGUCAGACCAAAACAAACACCCAGUUUGUGUGCAGCCAGGUUGACGGGUUCAAAACAUCUAUAAGGCCUUCCGUUACCGAGGGCACUCCAAGGAGCAAAGGAGAUUCAGGGUCAAAUGGCAACAGUGGAAUUGCUGAUAUCACUAUGAAGGAGGCUGUGGAGUAUCUUUCCAACAGUGAUGAGACUUAUCAGCACUGUGGCGCUUCCUACAUACAACACAACACUUUCAUUAACGACAAGGCUAAAGACGAGGUUUUUAAAUUCAAUGGGAUCCCUCCUUUGGUUGGUCUGCUGCGCAGCCCCAGUUUACAAGUCAGCCAUACAGCCUCGGCUGCCCUUCGUAACCUGUCCUUUAAGAGCAACAGUAACAAGGAAGAGAUCCAUCGCUGUGGUGGCAUCACAGAGGCUGUGGCUCUGCUCAGAGAUACCGACUCUGCAGAGACAGAGAAACAGCUGACAGGUCUCCUGUGGAAUUUGUCCUCUGUAGACAGCCUGAAGCCAGACCUGCUGAAGAGCGCUCUGCCUGUCUUAAUGGAGCGUGUGAUCCUGCCUUACACAACAGGACCUGACCGGACCAACAGUGACCCUGAGGCCUUCUUUCACACCACUGGAUGUCUAAGAAACUUAAGCAGUGCGAAGCAAAACAACCGACAGGCGAUGAGAAAAUGUCGAGGUUUGAUCGACUCUUUGGUCAAAUAUGUAAAAAACUGCGUGGAAGCAGGACAACCGGAUGAUAAGUCUGUAGAAAAUUGCGUGUGCAUCCUGCACAACCUGACGUUCCAGCUGGAGGCCGAGGCGCCGGCUCUGUUUAGCAGGAUCACAACUUUGGCCAAGACUGUCAUGAGGAACCACAGCCAGGACGACAUCGGUCCCAUCGGCUGCUUCAGUCCACAGAGCAAAUCGCCAGAACACGAGCAGCACUUUGACUUUCCAGUUGUUGAGGAUCCACAACCUCAUGGUGCAGGUUGGCUGAUCCACUCCGAAACUCUGCAGAGUUACCUGUCGCUGCUUGGCUCUAGCCAGCAAGAAGAAACACAGGAAGCCUGUUGUGGAGCGCUGCAGAACCUCACUACAAAUGAAGGCAUUGUCUCUGGUGUAAUGAGCCAGAUCAUUGUGCAGAAACUGAAUGGCUUGCAAGUUAUCAGUCCCCUUUUGAAGUCAAGCAAAGUGAACCUGCAGAGGAACACAACGGCUUUGGUUGGAAACCUGACGAAGAACCCAAACCUGCACAGUGUCAUAGCUCGUAAAGCCCUCCCGGAGCUGCUAAGCGUCCUGAGCGCAGGCACCAAGGAAGGGAAUGAGUCUGAUGACACACUUGCUAUGGCCUGCCAGACCACCAACUACCUGCUUAUGAAGGAGCCUGAGAUGAGCAAGCGUCUGUUAAACAACAACCUGAUAAACUCACUGAAUGAUCUCAGCCAAAACGAAUAUUUCCCCAAAACUAGAAAAGCUGCAGCCCUGCUUCUCUACAACCUGUGGUCAGAAAAAGACUUGCAAAGCUUCCUGAAAAAGCAAGGGAUGAGUAAGUCCUCAUUUGUGAACGACGUCACCACAGCUGCACACAAGUCGGUUCAAAUUGUCGAUUAACACGACAACACGCCUAAACAGAUCUCUGAAUGUCAAUCACCGAAGUAACUCACCUGCAAGUCUCCUGCACAUGCACAGGACGGAAACGCAUUGAGGCUGAGCAGCAUCCUUUCUCAUUUCUCAAAGACAUUGUCAUAUAUGUAUCCAAUCAUUCCAUCAAUAAAUAUCUACAAACAGCAGAUUAGGCCUGUAUAUGCUGUAAGGUUACUUUUCUUUUGUAGGAAAAAAGGUGAAGGUUAAGAUGUAACAUUUUAGGAACAAGACUGCAAGAUUUGAUUUGCUUUUGCAGUUUUAACUGCUGUCUUUUAAUGCAACUUCUGCAUCUGUGCCUGCAAUGUGCUAUCUGGUGCCAUGAGCUUGCUUUAUUAGAUAAUAACAUAUGGGUUAAGAUUUAAUUUUGCACUGAAAUUGCUGUUUUAAUAUCAUUACAACAUUGUAAAAAAAUGUUUUAUGUAAAAUGAACAUUUAUAGAAGAGGACAUUUUCUGUUAGACUUAUAAGUUAGGAUAGGUUUGCUAUAAAAACAGUGACAUCUUGUCUUAAGCAGUGAUCUGUGUUUACAUUUUGUGAAGACAACUUGUGUUUGUGGUGUAUCCAUCUUUUUUCAUAUGCAUGUGUGUGAAAUUUGCUACUUGUAUUGUUUCAAAAAUUGUCAAUAAAGCUGACAGA